AUGUCUCAAAAGGUAAAUAGUAAAUUGAUUCGACAACAGAAAGUCAUGGAACAACAGAAUCGUUCCGCCAUUGUGGUUUUGGUGCGCGCUGGGCACACUACCAAUAAAACUGUUAAGUUGACGAAACUUCCAAAUGCAACAGUUUAUCGCGUGUACAAACAAUUUAAAGAAGAGAGAAAGAUUGAUGGAAAAGAACACAAGACUCGAAGUGAUUCCAAGAGCAAUCCAACGUUUCUCGCUGGCCUCAAACGCUCGGCUGACGCCAACCUAUCCACAUCCAUGAUAGCUUUUGCUAAGAAACGCAAUGUGGUCCUUUCCUCGGUUUCCAGAGCUGUGAACAAGAACCUUGGCAUGACUAGCUAUGUUCGACGACGCUGUCACCUCCUAACAGCCAAGGUCAAAACAAUCAGAGUCGAGAGAUGUCCAAAGUUUCUGUCAUUCAUCUAA